AUGCCUCCUCUCCGUCUGUGGGAGACGAGCGGUUGUCCUUUUGUCCUUGGGCUCCCCCAGCCAGGAUGCUCCAACUGUCAGUUCUCUACCAACCAACCCCCACUGCCCACCUCCACUCCUCCAACUGUCAGUUCUCUACCAACCAACCCCCACUGCCCACCCCCACUCCUCCAACUGUCAGUUCUCUACCAACCAACCCCCACUGCCCACCUCCACUCCUCCAACUGUCAGUUCUCUACCAACCAACCCCCACUGCCCACCUCCACUCCUCCAACUGUCAGUUCUCUACCAACCAACCCCCACUGCCCACCCCCACUCCUCCAACUGUCAGUUCUCUACCAACCAACCCCCACUACCCACCUCCACUCCUCCAACUGUCAGUUCUCUACCAACCAACCCUCACUACCCACCUCCAGUCCUCCAACUGUCAGUUCUCUACCAACCAACCCCCACUGCCCACCCCCACUCCUCCAACUGUCAGUUCUCUACCAACCAACCCCCACUGCCCACCUCCACUCCUCCAACUGUCAGUUCUCUACCAACCAACCCCCACUGCUCACAUCCACUCCUCCAACUGUCAGUUCUCUACCAACCAACCCCCACUGCCCACCCCCGCUCCUCCAACUGUCAGUUCUCUACCAACCAACCCCCACUGCCCACCUCCACUCCUCCAACUGUCAGUUCUCUACCAACCAACCCCCACUGCCCACCUCCAGUCCUCCACCAACCAACCCCACUGCCCACCCCCACUCCUCCAACUGUCAGUUCUCUACCAACCAACCCCCACUGCCCACCCCCACUCCUCCAACUGUCAGUUCUCUAACAACCAACCCCCACUGCCCACCCCCACUCCUCCAACUGUCAGUUCUCUGCCAACCCUCACUCCUUUAA